GCGGCAGCGGCGGCGGCGGGGGCGACCAUGGAGGGCCUGGCCGGCUAUGUGUACAAGGCAGCCAGCGAGGGGAGGGUGCUGACCCUGGCCGCCCUGCUCCUGAACCGGUCCGAGAGCGACAUCCGCUACCUGCUGGGCUAUGUCAGCCACCAGGGAGGGCAGCGCUCCACGCCGCUCAUCAUCGCGGCGCGCAACGGGCAUGCCAUGGUGGUGCGCCUGCUGCUGGAGCACUACCGAGUGCAGACCCAGCAGACGGGCACCGUCCGCUUCGACGGCUAUGUCAUUGAUGGAGCCACCGCCCUCUGGUGUGCAGCAGGAGCUGGACAUUUCGAAGUUGUCAAACUUCUAGUCAGUCAUGGAGCCAACGUGAACCAUACUACAGUAACCAACUCAACACCCUUGCGGGCUGCAUGUUUUGAUGGCAGAUUGGACAUUGUUAAAUAUCUGGUAGAAAAUAAUGCCAACAUCAGCAUUGCCAACAAAUAUGACAAUACCUGCCUUAUGAUUGCAGCUUAUAAAGGACACACAGAUGUGGUCAAGUAUCUUUUAGAACAACAUGCAGAUCCCAAUGCCAAAGCACAUUGUGGGGCUACGGCGUUACACUUUGCAGCAGAAGCUGGGCACUUGGAGAUCGUUCGAGAAUUGGUAAGGUGGAAAGCUGCGAUGGUGGUGAAUGGUCACGGAAUGACUCCGUUAAAAGUAGCUGCUGAGAGCUGUAAGGCAGAUGUUGUUGAAUUAUUACUUUCUCAUGCUGAUUGUGACCGAAAAAGUAGAAUUGAAGCUUUGGAACUUUUGGGUGCCUCAUUUGCAAAUGACCGAGAGAACUACGACAUAAUGAAGACGUACCACUAUUUAUAUUUAGCGAUGUUAGAGAGGUAUCAAGAUCGUGAAAACAUUAUUGAAAAAGAGGUUCUUCCACCAGUUGAUGCUUAUGGAAAUAGAACUGAAUGCAGAAAUCCUCAGGAACUAGAAUCCAUUAGGCAAGACAGAGAUGCUCUUCACAUGGAAGGCCUGAUAGUUCGUGAACGGAUUUUAGGCUCAGACAAUAUUGAUGUUUCUCAUCCUAUCAUUUACCGUGGGGCUGUUUAUGCUGAUAACAUGGAAUUUGAACAGUGUAUCAAGUUGUGGCUUCAUGCUUUGCAUUUAAGGCAAAAAGGUAACAGAAACACUCACAAAGAUCUUUUAAGGUUUGCUCAAGUUUUCUCACAGAUGAUACAUCUGAAUGAAUCGGUAAAGGCCAAGGACAUAGAAAGUGUUUUGAGAUGUAGUGUUUUAGAAAUAGAACAGGGGAUGUCUAGGGUAAAAAGUACUCAAGACGCUGAUAUCCAUACUGCCCUGGACAACUAUGAAUGCAAUAUUUUUACCUUUUUAUAUUUGGUGUGCAUCUCCACCAAAACACAAUGCAGUGAGGAAGAUCAGUCAAGAAUUAAUAAGCAGAUUUACAACUUGAUUCACCUUGAUCCCAGAACUCGAGAGGGAUCGAGCUUAUUGCAUCUUGCUGUCAACUCUAAUACCCCGGUAGAUGACUUCCACACAAAUGAUGUCUGCAGUUUUCCCAAUGCACUUGUCACUAAACUUCUUUUGGACUGUGGUGCCGAGGUGAAUGCCGUUGACAGUGAGGGAAAUAGCCCCCUUCACAUUAUUGUUCAGUACAACAGGCCCAUCAGUGAUUUUUUGACCUUGCAUUCUAUCAUCAUUAGCCUAGUGGAAGCUGGCGCUCACACUGACAUGACAAAUAAACAGAAGAAGACUCCGCUAGAUAAAAGUACAACGGGGGUGUCUGAAAUAUUACUUAAAACUCAAAUGAAGCUGAGCCUUAAGUGCCUGGCUGCCCGAGCAGUUCGGAUUUAUAACAUUAACUACCAAAACCAGAUCCCCAGAACUCUUGAAGAGUUUGUUGAAUUUCAUUAGGUGACUGGAUAUGUAAAACCUUUAAAUGUGGUGCUAAAAAAGUAAAAGACUUUAAUCACAGACAAUAGAAUUACGUGUUUAUAAAUUCUACUUCUCUAUCCACUACCCUUCCUUACCCUUGGUCUUAUCCUCAGUUCUAUAUUUGGUUCCUCUUGCUCAGACGAGUCAAUUACAGAUAACAUCCCAAGGAAAACCUUGGUAUAACCAUAAUAUAGUAUCUUUGGAUAUUGGUCAGGUUACCUCUCCCUGCCUCUUUUUUAAAGGAACAAAUAUUUUGUUUAAUUGUACUAAGGUACAUUUAUGAUUUGCAGUUGAUAAUGUUUUAAACAGCUAUGUACAAAGGUAUUUCUGUUUAAAAGCCUAUCUCAACAUGUGAUCUAUGCAGCAGUUUUGAGGAUUUAAAGUUUUCUUUUGGAGAAAAGGAAGAAAUAGAAAAUAACAUGAUAAAAGUAACCCAGUGAUUCAAUGCAGUUGCCCAUUGUGGUUGUCAGUUCACACUAAAACAAUUGGCAGACUUUUUUUUUCCCAUUCUUCCAGUAAUCUUUCUUUUUUGAAUGAAAUAUAAACAAUACAUUAAAACAUGAGGAUUUGGAAAAUACAGGAUUAAAUUAUUGUGGAUAAAUACUAUGCUAAUCUAAUAAUGGUUGCAAAUUAUUAUAUUUCAGUCCAUUGAAAUUGUUGUGCAGUUUGCUAUGUUGAAUGUGAGAAGGAAUGGUAACAAAAACCGAUUUGAAUCGAACCAAUUCCUUUUAGAGAACAUUGGGCUUUCUAAAAAAUAAGCAGGCUUUUGUUCUUGAACUUCUUUUCCAAUAGGUUGAGUUCUAAAAUUCUUUGCUGACAUUUUCAUAUAAUUUGUGCAACUUGGAAUAGGCAGCAUUUGACCUAGAAUUUCCAGUAAUAUAUGAAUUAUGAAUGUUAGCCUUUAUAAUGAAACAGAUUGUCACAACAUGAUCGUAGGUCCUGUUUCACGCCACCUACCUUCACUCCUCACUUUACCCUCCUGUGGUGUCUUCCUUUUGAAUAUGAAAACCACUUUUCUGGAGGAAUAGCUAGUGCCUCCCUAAGAAGAUGCUUACGACAGGUGAAAGGGAACCUGGAUACUUUUUAAAAAAAAUGUUUCUUUUAUUAGUCUCUGACAAGGGUAGAAAAAUCACAAAUGUGGUGUGAAAUGAAAUUUUUUUAUGAUGAAAAAUGAUUUGUAUAAUGUUACUUUGAAAGGGUACUUCUGUCUGAGAGCUACAGAUUUUUCAACAACGGAACAUUAUAUUUGUUUUGACAGGCUACUUGAAAUGUUUGUUGAUUGUUUUUAACUGCAAUUUUUAAAACUGUCAGGUUAAAAGAAUAUUUUGUGAUUAAAAAAAUAGUAGACCAGAAAUUCAGAGGGUGAGUUCACAUCUGAAAUGUGAAUUUAGCUUGUAAUAACUCCAUUUUCUGUGUGGUGCCAAAUGAGUUACUCAGCUACUAUAAGUUGGAUGUGUAACUUUUGUUUUAAUGAAAAAUGUUUUGGUUUGUCGCAAUUCCAAAUCCUCAAAUGAAAAAAAACAACUAGUGUUUAAUUUGUGUUUUAUAUAUGUAUGUUGCCUUGUGUGGGGUAAUAAUAAAGGUUCCAAUUUAAACAGCGUAGAACAGAAUGACCAAGCCAAACUUAACCACCUGGGGCCUUAAAUAGUGCAACACCACAAAAUGAAAUGCUUGUUUUUUUGGUGGGGGGAGGCAGGGGAGGGAUGUUAAUUCUUUUUUUCCUUUCAAGAAUGUUUGGGGGAAAAAAGUGCAAGGUAAUUUUACAGUUAUGGCAAUUUUGUAUUUUGUGUGUCUUUCUGCUUUAUUUAGAAUUGUAUGGAUUAUGAAUCGGGCAACAGUAAUUAUUUUCUAUUUUGCUAAACUAAGAUUUUAAGAGAAGAGUUUUCAGUCUGAUGUGGUAUGAAGGAGGUAUUUUAAUGAAUAUUAAUUUAAAAAAUCACAGAUCUUGAUUCUACCAGUGAGUAGGUAGCACUGGCCCUUGUUUUUUGGUGCUCUGAAAGAGGUUACAGUUCCUAAAGAGGAUUAGUCUACACCUUCCUCAUUGUUAGGAUCAAGCACUUUAUAUUACAGACUUAAGGACCUUCUUGUUUCACAGUUCCAAGGAGCAAAUCUUGCCAUUUAUUUGGUGAUAUUAUUAAUGUUGAUAAGCUAGUAAGACACCAAAAUUAAAAAUAGCAAAUAUAUUGCACUUCUUUCACUGUAUUUGUUUUAGGAACUUAUUCUGCCCCUUUUCUUGCCCUGGACCACAACUGUUUUAUACUUUGCGAUUUUAUGGUGUCCCUAUAAAGUAAUACAAAUGAUUAGUUAUGGAUACACAGGCUUCUAUAGGUUUUAAUAACCCCCAGUUAUUUUAAAAAGGGAGGACUGAAUACUGAGAAAAAAAACAAGGCUGUAUUGAUUACAAUGCUGGCAAAAUAGGAGAAGGAUAUUUGAUAACGUUUGAAUUGCUUCAAUGUUAAUUGGUAAUUUCUGUACUGUUAUUUACAGUAGAACUUCAUUGCACUAUAUUGCUCAGGAUGUAAUUCCAACUUGUAAAAUAAAUUAAGAUAUGUAUUGUAAAAUAUCUGUAUAAAACCGUUCUUGGAACAAGUGAUCUAUAAGCCUG